CUCAGUCGAUUCUGAGAAGUUAAGCUUAGCAGACCUUGACAGGGACAAUAAGGAUUAGUCAACCGUAAUCAUGACUCAGUUAUUUUGCUUACUGCCCAUGAGAAUGGUGUUGUUAUUUCAAAGGGCCUGAGCGAUGGCUAGGAAUCACGUUUUGUUGUUGGGGCUUUUUUUAAAGCUGGUUUUUCUUAUUCACUCGAGUGAACAGUUUGAAGAUCCUUUACAGCAGCAUAUUUUAAGUAAUGAGGAUGGUAACCAUGAAUUGAGUGCAUUGGAAUUUCAAAAAAUCUUAUUUGAAUAUGAUAAGGAUGGAGAUGGAGAACUGUCAGGACAGGAAAUGUCAAAAUACAUUGAGGAUACUUUGGCAACCUUAAAACCAGAAACUGGUGGAAGAGAUUCCAAAGAAAAGCUACAGAAAGGUUCAGUUGGUUAUAGGGGUUCAAAGCAGAAAUCUUCAAAAACAGCACAGACAUGGAGUGUGAAACAGAUUGUUGGGGGUCUGGUAGUAGUCUUUUUUGUGACUGCAGUCUGUGUUGCAUUACUACAAAGGAGGGACCAAACGUCUAGCCAGACAGCAGUUGAGGUUGCUGAUGUUCGAGCUGCGCGUUUGCGGAAGCUAGCUGGUGAAAAAUCUGACACCAAAACAGAAAACUCACCUCCAGCUUGUGUGAAAGAAACUUCUGCUUUAAACAGACAACCUUCAAUAGAUUCAAACAAGAAGGGCCUUCGAAAAAGAGUUGAAAAUAGUGAGGUAACUGCUACAAACACUGGAGAGGGAAGAGUUCCUGGAACUAACAAACAGAGAGAUGGGUUAAGACUUCUAAGCUCAAAUGCUGUGAGUUCAGAGCCCUCCUCUCCUAAUACAGGGAGGUCACUUUCCUCCAUUGAAGUGGAGCCUUCUGUAGUCAGAGCAUUAACAUCAGAGCAUAGUCCAGUACCCAUCACUGGUUGUAGUCAAGAAGCUACAGCUGAUAGGUUUCAAGUAAAAGACAUAACAGAAGUCAAGAAAGAAAUUUCAACGUCAUUGUCAAAGAGGCUGACAGCACCCAAGCAAGAAAAGAUACAGGACCUGCCAUACCAUGAUGUAGCAAAGAAAGUGUUGAUGCAAGUUCUGGAGUGCUCUUUUGUAAGUGGAUUAGCCAGCAUGCAGAAGAGUGUU